AUGACAGACUUGUGGUUGAUUUCUGUCCCACUGGACAAGACCAGUUUAAACAGCGUAGAGCAACUCAAGCGCACCAUUGCCAAAACCAGCCGGGCCUCCUGCUGCAAGUUCUCCAUCCCAGAUCUCAAGGUGGGAAUACUGGACAGUCUGCUCACUAUGUCAGAUGAUCUUUCCAAACUGGACACACUGACUGAGAGUGUGAUCAAAAAAACAUGUCAGUGUAUGAGGGAGGUUAUGGAGCAUUCUACUGACAAAGUGCUGGAAAACGCCUUAGCCAAUGGAGUGGACCUGAUGAGCUAUGUGACAAAGUUUCAGUGGGACAAAGCCAAGUAUCCCACAGCUCUGCCUCUCUCCAGCCUGGCAGAUAUCAUCAACAAGGAAGUUUCUCAGGUGGAGACGGAAUUGAAAUGUCGAGCUGCGACGUACAACAGUGUGAAAACAAGCUUGCAGAGCCUUGAGCACAAACUCGAGGGGAAUUUGCAAACUCGCAGUCUGAAUGACAUUGUGAGGAGAGAAGACCUGGUGGUCUCAGAGUACCUCACCACUCUACUGGUAGUGGUGCCCAGAGGGAGCUUCCUGCAGUGGGAGAGGACCUAUGAGUCUUUGUCACAGUUUGUGGUUCCCCGGUCGAGCAGGAAGCUGCAUGAGGACGGAGAGGGGGGAGUUUUCUCAGUCACACUUUUCAAAAGGGCCGUGAGUGAAUUUAAAGCCAGAGCCCAGGAGAGCAAGUUCACUGUGCGUGAGUACCGCUUUGAUCAGGAGGAGGAGAAGCAGCAGGAGAGGAAGCAGCUGAGCGUUCACAAGAAGGAACAAUGCGGAAUCUUUGUGCGCUGGCUGAAGGUUAAUUUCAGUGAGGUGUUUACAGCCUGGAUCCACUUGAAAGCCUUGAGGGUGUUUGUGGAAUCAGUCCUCAGGUAUGGACUACCUGUAAACUAUCAGGCUCUUCUGCUGCUGACCGACAGCAAGUGCUCGAAGAAACUCAGAGGAGAACUCGCCUCACUCUUCAUGCACCUGGAUCCCACCGCCACUUCCAGCAAGACAGACGUGAACUGUGACAUCCCAGGACUCUGUCAGCAGGAGUACUUCUCGUACAUCUGCUUUGACAUCAACACCUGCAUGCUGGAGAUCAGCUAG